UUUUAUUUUAUUUUAUUACGAAAUCGAAAUACCUACCUGUACCUACCAACAGGGGAUCUGAAGGCUGAAGGUAUUAUUUCAUUAAAAUUAAACAUGUCUAGGAGUAUAUUGUUCUUAAGAGUCUAUAAAGACCUUAAUAAGAAAGUAAAAUCAAUUAAUAUUUUAAGAUGUGCAUCAGACUGGGUACCAAAGGAAAAAGAAACUCACACUGGUCAGAAAUGGGAUGAAGAUGAUUAUCGACUAGCACGAUUUGUUGAUCGACCAAAACAUGUUAAUCCUAAUUUUGCCAUAAGUCUUAUAGAUGAAAUUCCUCCAAAACCUUGUAAAGAGCGUGUCGUAUGGUGUGAUGGAGGAAGUGGCCCAACAGGCCAUCCAAAAGUAUAUAUUAAUCUUGAUAAACCCGGAAAUCACGCUUGUGGUUACUGCGGACUGAGGUUUUAUAAAGAAGAUCAUCAUUAACUACUACAAAAAUGUAGAAAAUCUAGCUUAUAUCUAUAUUUAAAUAUUGAAUAAAAUUGUAUAGUUCUA